GAGCCGGCACAUGAAGCCAGGUGUGCAUUAGACAGGGAAGUUGGACUUUUCAAAGGUGCGACUGGAGGAAUUCGGACAUAGACACAAAUGGAGAAAAUUCCAGAAAAGAGUCACCCACGCCUCUUUCUGUUCUGCAAUUCUCUGGAUUCUCAAGUUCGCUAUUAAUUCUAACAAGAAAGACACCGUGGGUCCUAAUCAGCUGUGAAACUUAAUCUGCUGGGCAAAUGGCUUGCGUAUGAAGAUAAUCAUCGGUGUUUGGAGUCAAGCCAUUUUAACGGCCUCUCAAGUCCACACACUCAGAGGAAGUCCACCAAGCCUCCAUGUAACCAUAUUCCUCACUCCUGGGUCGCUGAGUUCAGGAAGAAAUGGACCAAGAAAAUCAGAGCAGGGCAGAUCUUGCUCUUCCAAAUCCACAUGGGUCUUCCAGUGCACCUGAAAUCGAGGUCUUGGAAGCAUCUCCUGGUGAUAGUCCCCAGCAGGGGACGUCAGCCACAUCCCCACCACAGCAGACAUGGCUGACAUUUUUGAAGAGAGAACUGGAAUUCCUGGGGGUAACACAGAUUCUGAUUGGUGCUAUAUGCCUUUGUUUUGGAACAAUUGUCUUCUCCGUACUUGAUAUUUCAGACUUUGAUGAAGAAGUGUUUUCAUCAUUUAAAGCAGGGUACCCAUUCUGGGGAGCAGUACUUUUCGCUAUCUCUGGACUUUUGUCAAUUAUAUCUGAAAAGAAAAAUAGAGUGUAUCUGGUGAGAGGACGCUUGGGAGCGAAUGCUGUCAGCAGCGUAGCUGCCGGAGCAGGGAUCAUCAUCCUGAUCCUCAACCUGAGCAACAGCUGGGCUUAUAUCAGCCAGUGUGAGAAAAUUCGUGAGGAUGACAGCUGCUUUGUGGCUUCUUUUACCACCGAAAUUGUGGCAAUGAUGCUGUUUCUCACCAUCCUGGGUUUUGGCAGCGCCAUGUCGCUCACAAUCUACGGGAUUGGAGAAGAAUUCAAAGGAGAUAAGGUUCCAGAUGAUCGUCUCUAUGAAGAAUUAAACAUUUAUUCACCAAUUUACAGUGAGUUGGAAGACAAAAUAGAAAUGUCUUCUCCCAUGAGUUCAUAGGAGUCAUGUGUCCUGAACAUUUUGAUUCACAGUAAAGAGUCCAGAAAGCCAAAAUCUUUAAAAGACUCUUGGCAAAAUUUCUAUUCUCAAUGCAGUCUUUUCAUUUUACAUUUGAUUUGUCCUGCAGAUGACAAUAUUUUGUUUUUAUUGUUUCUGAUCUACUAACUACCAUCACUCUCCCAUUUGUGGAUACAUUUCUUGUUUUGUGUUGUGAUAUCAAAGUCGUCACUCUGGGAAACCAACCUGAUCACCAGGACUUUACUGUAUAACUCUGCAAAAAUGGAAAACAAGAAGGAGGCUGGGCUGAGAGUGAGCUAAACUUUGACAGUUUGAUGAUAUUUAGUUCUUAGUUAUUUUUAGAGUUCCUAAUAGCUACAGUUAUGUAUGAUAGGCACCUGCUUACCUGUACCCACAUCCAUAUACACAUGUAACUUACAUGAUAUGUAAUUUUCUAUAUCCAAAUAUACUACACUCCCUCAGUGGCAGUAUAUUCUUUCAAAGACACGGAGUUUUAUAAAAAUAUGUUGCUUGAAUCACCUGUUCAUUCGCUGACACAGUGUAGUUCAAUAGUGUGUGCAGACUGGUGAAGAGGUGGUAGGGAGUUUUAUUCAGUGACCCAGUAUCUGGUGAGAUAGGUAAAAACAGAAAACCUAUAUGUGGAAAGAACAUUUAGUAGGACAUUGGUGAUGAAGGAAGAAUAAUGGAGAUGUAUAUUGAAAUGAAUUCAGUGGUAAAGGAGAGAAAUGAUCAUAUCUAAAACAUGUAGGAAAAGGUCUACCAAAAGAAACUAGGAGAUCUUGCUAACAAGUUAGAGAAUAAAGUAAGUAGGCAAUGGUUUGACUCACACAUCAUUUGAGUCUAAGAUGAAACGAGGACACCUAGUCAUGUUGGAAAAAAGAUUGGAGUUCAGAAAUACGAGGUUUGGAGAUGCACAGAUAGAUGUAAGUGAAACCCUGUUUUAGAUUCUUAUCUUGAGGAGACAAAGGGAAAUGCAGUGGGAAAGGGCCUUGCUAGCAUCCAACGCUGUAUUAAAAAUACAAUUUGAUGAUAGAGGAUUAGUUUGAUUAUAGGAGAGCUCAUUAUUAGGUGAGGCAGGUUAACACUCUAAGAAUUAUUUUGGAGAUAAAGUGAAGCCAAGUUAAACUUCACAUGCUUAUAAUCCAAGUGAAAAAGUUAGGAUAAAAUCUAGAAGACAUCAGAAUUAGUUUUUUUUAAAAAAAGUGCAUCGCAAAACAGUGGACAGCAGGUAGCCCAAAGUAGAGAAAAGUGAAUCCAAGAGAAAAUAACUAACCAUUAGAGAUGGAACAUGGAGGCUUGGGAAAAAGUCCACAGUGUCAUAUAAACUCCGGGUAUGCCAAGAGAUGGGGAAGAGAAAACAGCAAAAUAAAUGAAUGUGGGCUCAGAGGCAUUCCAUACAGGGGUGCGACGAGCAGAGGAGUAAAAGAUUUGCAAAAGUGUUUGGAGAGAGAGACCGGGUGGGGGGAUGGGGCAAUAAGACGGGAGACUGAAUAGAAGAGCGUAAAGAGAAAUUAAGUGAGGCAAAAUGGUUUUGUUGCUCUUGCUGUUUUUAUUUUUAAAAGAAGGAGAGUUGCUUCUGUCUCUAGCCUAAAGAAAAGGGACCCGUGAGAGAGUGAGACGUCCAUUUGGGGCGCUGGGCUCCCUCUCUGUCUUUUAUCACACAUCCACCAUGGAUGGGCACACACUGGCACGCUCUCACCCUUCCAGUGCCCCAAAUGGUCGUCCUGCAGAACAACUUCUCUGCAGAGACUCCCUAAUGCACAUCUCUCCAUCUAGGCUUCGUCCUUUGCUCCAUAACCAUUCUCCCUCUCAAUGAAGCAUAGUGUAAUGAAAUAUUAGUGUACUUGUGAUUCUCCUUAUGUAUCCUCAACUGCAAUAAAUUGAAAUUAUCUAACUUGA